UGCGAUAUGAAAAGCCCUUGCUGUGGGUGGGCAGUCGGUGUGGCAUUCGUGUGCCUUUUUGUAGGCCAGAGUCUAGCGGAUAUCUUCGACAGUAUUGAUAGUAUGGAGAACGAGAUCAGCGACGAAGACGACAAUCGAUAUCGCAAGGCUUAUCCGAAACCUGGUCAAGCAAGAUUCCCUUUCAAAUUUAAUAAAAAAGAAAAGAAGGAUUCGCAUCGACGCAAGGACACACUGUCACCUCCAUCAAGGCCACCAAUGACCACACCAGAACCGGAAACUACAACAACCACGGAAGCACCAACGGCUGUGGCAGUAGUACCUUCGACCUCGACUUCACCGCCGAGCUCUGGCUUUGACUUUGGACUCCCAAACUCCGAUAUGGUUAAGGGCGGCAGUUCCCAAUCGCUGAGCGUGAGCGUAAAAAAAGUCGCAGUUACGGUCAUCUACGACUGUUUCUGUUCGCACAGCCAAGAAUUCAUCAAAAGUCAGCUGUUACCCACAUACAAGAAGCUUCGGGACCAUCUGGACGUCACCCUUUUGCCAUUCGGCAAGGCCAUGCUGGACCAGAACGGACCGACCUCAAACGGAGUCAUCUGCGAGCGCGGAAGCGCCGAAUGCGAAGGCAACAAGAUCCAGAUGUGUGUGGCGCAGGUGGCCAAGGAGACCCUCCAAACCAUCGAAGUUGUGGCCUGCAUGUCUAGCUACAAGGUCCCCAAUAAGGCUGCCAAGAAGUGUGUGAAGGCAAGUGGCGUUAGCUGGACCAUGGUCCAUGGGUGCGUUACGAAGAACGGCAACGCCUAUAUACUAAAGGUCGCUCAAGAGACGUGGAAGGUGCAGAAGAACAUCACCAGGGUCCCGCUUAUCGCAGUCGAUGGAGAAGUGAGCAGCUACAUUCAAGAAGAGUCGGAGUCAAGUUUCUUGAGUUUGACGUGUCAGAAGAUCGGCGGCGUCGGCACUGAUCAGGAGCCGGAGCCCUGUGCAGAGGAACGCCGAAGACGUCGUCGUCGUUAG